GUGUGGCAGGAGGAGAGCGAAACACGACACCCCAAGAGAGAAAGGGGUGGUUGAGGGAACACGAAGUGAGUGAGUGGAAAAAGAAAAAGUCUGUGCCGGAGAAAGAGAGGGGCAAAGAAAGAACAGAGUUGGCUUUGGGGUUUUCGUUCCUUUCAGAAGCGCCGCUGCUUUGACUGUCGUUGAGGAUGAAGAUGUGGAGGAGGAAUCGAGCAUGCGACAUCGUUGCAACAAAUGGGAUGAACAUUUAGUCUCGUGGCAUUCCGCUGCUCCAACACCGACCAACAGCAGCACGACUCCUUCAAACUUCGACCUGCGCCAUUCAGACCCGGGCGACUGGAUCCCCCCCCCCCCCCGAGGCUCGGGGCAACUGUUCGCAUCAGACGCCGCGUAACGUUACUUUAAAACAAAUAGUCAGGCACAAAACUUUUUCAACAAUCGCUAAUGUGUCGAGAUAAAACGCAGAAGCGUCUGUGAAGUUAGCGGAGUCAUUUUUCCAACUCAAAGCGAGCACACAAUCGGGGCAGGUUCUUUUCUAACAAGCCACUUGUGAGAACAACACCGGAGGAAGGAGUGGGGUGUCAUUGCUAACUUGGCUAAACCCAAGCUAACUAGAGUCUAAAGUUACGAGUCGACGGGGAAAGUGACUGAGGCAGCACGCAGACGACGACAACAAAGAUGAAAACCCCGGCAGACUCGGGGUUUGCCUUUCCAGAUUGGGCGUACAAGCCUGAGUCAAGCCCAGGUUCCAGACAGAUCCAGCUGUGGCACUUCAUCCUGGAGCUGCUGAGGAAAGAGGAGUACCACGACGUCAUCGCCUGGCAGGGAGACUAUGGAGAGUUUGUCAUCAAGGACCCGGACGAGGUGGCCCGCUUGUGGGGGGCGCGGAAGUGCAAACCACAAAUGAACUAUGACAAGCUUAGCCGAGCUCUAAGAUACUACUACAACAAGAGGAUCCUUCACAAGACCAAGGGGAAGAGAUUCACCUACAAGUUCAACUUCAACAAACUAGUGCUGGUCAACUACCCCUUCAUCGACAUGGGCUCUGGUCGAGUCCCUCAAAGUGCCCCCCCAGUGCCAACUGGAGGCAACCACUUUCGUUUUCCCCCUUCCACGCCGUCAGAAGUACUCUCAUCCAGUGAAGAGCUGCGCAGCCCAGGCAUGUUCAGCAGUGUGGCUCGCCGCAUGGCCCGGGGUUCUGUGAGCGACUGCAGUGACGGCACCUCCACCAACUCGGAGCUGGAGGAGGCUAUGGGGGCCGAUGAGAGAGGCAUGGGGCCUGAGAGGGCUUACAGGGGCCUACUUCCUCCACGUUUGCCUCAUGAUUCCUUCUUCAGGGUCUACCCAAACCCAGCGGGGCUUGCAAGACAUGGGCCCAGGGUCCACCCAGACACUCUUUCUCCAUUCCCUGUCUCCCCCCUGCCUGGCCCCGGGGGUCUUCUGGCCCCAACUCUGUCCCCCGCCCUGUCCAUGACCCCUACCCCCCACCUGCCCUACACCCCUUCUCCUUCUCUGUCCUCUCCCAUGUUAGGCUCCCACUUCUCCUUCAACCCGGAGGACAUGAAGCACUACCUGCAGGCCCACACCCAGUCUGUCUACAACUACCACCUCAGCCCCCGAGCCUUCCUCCACUACCCCAACAUUAUUAUUCCUCAGCCCCACCGCCCCACCCCAGAGAAGCCAGCCACCCAUCACCUCCACGGGCAGCAGCAGCACCCGUCACCGUUCUCUCAUUCGCUCAGCCAGCAGCCAGGAGGCGGAGAGGAGGGACAGCAGCACCCAUCACCGUUCAAGUUCAAGCUGCAGCCGCCGCCACUUGGACGCAAACAGAGGGAAUCUGGAAGCUCACUGGCUGCUGCUGCUUCUUCUUCCUCUUCCUCCAGCCAGUCCUCCUCAUUCACAGGGUCAGGUCAGAAAAUGAACUCUGCCUUGUCUGCCGGGCCUCCUAAGAUCAAGGUGGAGCCCAUUUCCGACAUUGAGUCAGAAGAAGAGGUGGAGGUGACUGACAUCAGUGAUGAAGAUGAGCUCAAUCAUAUUGAUGGGGAUGAUGAAGGUGACAUCUUCAGCAGGACGGCCCAUCACCAUCAUCAUCAGCUCAACAACCAUCUCCGAGCUAACGGAAAUGGGAGCAGCCAUGCUGCCCCUCCACACAGUAACCCUGAUGACGACCCUGAUGAUGAUGAGGUCUUCAAGACUCCUGCCACUCCUUCCCUCAGCAGCGGCAGCCUGGCCUUCCCUCUGAUCAACCUGAAGAGUGAGCCGGGUCAGGCCGCUCCCAUCAGCCCUGGAGGCACACGUUGCAUCCCGCUCAAACUGCGCUUCAAACGCCGCUGGAGCGAAGACCAGAAGAUGGAGGCGGACGGAGAGAGGGAAGAGGCAGAGGACAAGAAAGUGAGGGCUAACGGAGAGGAGGAGGUGGAGGGGAAAAGAGAGGAGGUGGGCAGGAGAGUGGGGGAGGUGGAGAAUGGGGUAGGAAGAGAAGGAGCAGGAGGUGUUAUUUUGGGGUUGAUGCUGCCACCACCUCCCACCCAGCGCAGAUCAAGCUCCGAGCUGCAGAGGGCCACAGCACAGCUGUCAUUGGAAAACACUGGCUGCUGAGUCUCAUGCACACAUACGUACACACACACACACACAGACACACACACCUGAGACUUGUCUACAAAUGUAAUAGUUUUAGACCAUUAUGCUUUGUGGUUUCUUGACGGCAGUAGUGACUGUAGCCAGUUUUGUUUACUUAAGGUGAAAAGUGGAGACAGUACCUGAAAGGUUAUUAUACAAACACACUUAAAUGUUGUACCGUAUGUAGAAAGUUCCUGCAAUAAUUAAAGGUGGUGCUGUCAGGUCACCACAAGCUCCUUCAAUUACCUAACGUUAAACAAAAAAAAAAAUGUCCCUGCAUGUGUGACAUCUAAAUACUCACAAUGUGUUAAAGGACAAGAUGUUGACAUGAUUACCUCUCAGGUUUUGUCACCGUUUGCAGCAUUAACACCUUUGACUUCGUACCUUCCUAUGGCCAGUACUGUUAGCAAGCAACCACUAGCCAUAGAGCCUGUGUAAAAGCAUAAAGCAAAGAUGUGUCUGUGUAACCUCUAAUGUUCUGCAGGGCAAGACACCUUUGUGCCCCUGGUACAUCUUCAGACAUGAACACAGCAGACAGUAUUUUUGCUGUGAUUUACAAUUAAGAGAUAAUCAAACAUAGUUUGUAUAUUUACUUCUGACCCCUUUUUAACAUUAGAGUCAUUCAGAGAGGGAGUCCGCUCUUAAUAUCUCCUAGGAAUUGCACAUUGCCUUUUCAACACCUCAUAACGCCAGUUAAAUAGCCAGGGAUCACCUCACAUCACACCUGUGCCCAGAUUGUCUUUUUAAUGGGUCUAUUUGUUUAUCUGGUGCAGUGAAACUAGUCACAGUCACCCAAAAGCAUACAUAGGCAGGCCGGAUUGUACAGCAGUAGAUCUCUCACCCACACCUGGCUCACUUGAAGGUAGUGAGCCCUCCUACUUACUUCUCCCUCUCUCCUCAUUUGUACUCACCGUAACAGACAUAUAGAUCCUGAUGUUACUAAAACACUUUUAACAGCGCUGAUAGAGAUUACAGAAGUGCCUGUCUGUCUGCUCGCAUCACCAAGCAGUCGUUUACAAAAUGGGGGUCAAUAAGAGGAAAAAAAAGCCCUCGCUCCGAUGGAUCUUACAGACUGAAGAGGGUGAAGCAGCUCUCCCAAUCACAGUCUUUUCUCCAGGAAACAACUCAGGACACUAUCAGACUGCAGACUGAGUUGAGUGGUCUCUUUGUCCUCGGGUCAUUCACUACAGUGGAUAAAGACAUGAAAUGAGGGUGGAACGGAACAUCUUGAGGACAGUCAAAGUCUGAGUGAGUAGGAGAGGAAGAUUGUGAUGAACUGGCUUAGAUCUCUCAACCUCUGGCCUGCCACACAAGACAUUUGUUAGCCAGCAGAUGGACGUGGUUCUCGUUUUACAGAGCAAUCCCCUGGGUUUCUGACGAAAGAAAUCAGUCUCUCCUUUUCCUCUUCACUUGUUGAAGAAAAGAGGAAGCAGCAACUAGAACGGCUGUAUUUAGAGAAACCCUUGUUUAUGUGUGGACCCAUAGCUGGUGUAAAAACAUCAGGCCUCGAGAAUACAGAGGGUGUCUCAGCUUGUUGUGUCCCCGCGUGACUUCGCACAAUUUUUAAAGGGUUUUGGUUUGAGGGCAUUUAUAGUAUUUACUCCCUCCAACAUACAGAUCAGCAGCUCCCUUCUGCAUUCCCCGUUUUUUUAGUUUUUUUAAAGACUAUUCUUUCUGUCAAAGGAGGCUUGUGCCUCUUAAGAACAUGGACAGUAUUUUAGGGCAUUUGCGGUGAUCUGAGGACUUUCUGUAUUUUGGAGAUAAUAGCCGAAUCUGUUCAUGUGAUGUUUUUGAGACGCGACGGUCGAAGCGAACUGAUUUGUCUAGGGGAGAACGGGGAACCAUGUAAUGAAUGUCAAGCAUCAAGGUUAACUCAGGCAACCCUUCACUGCGAUAUCGAGAAACAAACUUAUUUUUAUGACGUUUUACUCGCAUAGUUCCGAAAAGAGAGGAAAAAAAAACAUUGUGCCCAUUUUAACAAACGAACAAUUCCAAAUAAGAUUGUGCCUUUUUUAAGCCAACGAGAGUUUUAUCAAGUUACCCCCAGCAAAAUGUUUUAUCAAAAAAAAACAUACAUAUACACACACACACUACCACCAUGCCUUCUGUUUUUUGUAAAAGAGAGAUACAGAAUAAGUAAAUCUACACAUAUAUAUUUUAUUUGAAUAUAUAUUGAAUUCAAAUAUUGUAUUUCAAUAUGGUCAUUUGAUACAAAUCAGGAAAAUCCUAUUUUUAACGGUAAAGAUGUGUAUAUAUUCUAAUGGGCAUAUUAUUCCCAGUAUAAUUCAGCCUUUGCCUUCUCACCCUUGCCUUCUCUUGACCGUUGAGCUGCAGCGACAAAGGCCACCAGUAUCAGAGUUUUAUAUUUAUAUUGUAAAAAAAAAAACACGUUAUUGUGUAAUCAGGGGGUGGAGGACGUGAUGGGAUGAGGAUUAAUGAUACAUUUUCAACCAGCCCCAGGUCAAAUCAUAUUUACCUUGUUGGUGGGCGUGUUUGUUUUAUCACCCCUGGAGUAGCAGAUAGGCGGGGUUUCCCACAUCAGGAAAGGUUAAUUCCCUUUUUCUGUUAACAUUUUAGUUCUUUGUACCUUGUCCUGCAUGCUUACCUGCCUGCAACUCAAAUACAAGUAUUUAGCAGCCACUCUUUGACCCCAGACUGCUU